AUGAAUGUGCAGCAGCCAUAUCCACCUCCGCCGUAUCAUCAACAGUUUGUGCCACCACAACCUCCGGUGCAGUCUAAUGUUAUUGCAUUAACGUAUUACGAGGCAAUGAGGCACUUGAAGGACAUGAACAUGGAAUUGUUUGGAGGAAGGUCUGAUCUUGUCACUGCUGACAAUUGGAGGAAGAAACUGGAGAAGAAUUUUGAGACCAUGAGAUACCCGGAAGGUUACCGAAGGGAGUUAGCAGUUCAGUACGUACAAGAUAAUACGCUGAUUUGGUGGGAAGGUUUGGUCGAAGGAUUUCGUGGAUGCUAUGAGCUGACAUGGGAUGACUUCAAAGAUGAGUUAUCUCGUGAGUAUUUUCCACCAGAGGCCAUGGACCUGAUGAAAAGUGCUUUUGAGGAUUUGCGCCAAGGAAAUCUCAGUGUGAGAGAGUACAAGGAGGAAUUAAACAGGUUGAGAAGAUUCUCCAUAAAGAUUUUCACUCAGGCUGAUCUGAUUCGUCUAUUUAUGAAAUGUUUGAGGUUGGAACUGAAGAAUUGUUGUUCGAUAAGGAGGUACCUGAGCAUGGUUGAGCUAGUGGAAACAGCUGCUAUUCAGGAAGUUGGUCUUGAGGAAGAGCUGAAGAAAACCAAGAGUAUUCAGGCUCGUAGUAGUGCUCUGCAUAUUCAGAAGACACAAAAGAGGACUUGGAUAGACAUGUGUUUCAGAUGUGGAAGGCAUGGACAUCUCACUAAGGAUUUUGGUGCUCAAGGUGGGAAGUGUGGGCACUUUGCCAAGGAUUGCAAGAUAGGUUUUCCCAAUCAGCAAGCUCCCGCAGUUCAAUAUGGACCGUUACCAGAACCACCAGCUAAGAGGCAAGCUGUGGGACCGUUAAUGUAUGCACUUACAGAGAAUGAAAGAACAGAACCUAUCGCUGGAUCGAUCUCCGUAGGGGAAGCGAUAGCUUACACUAUGUUUGACACCGGUGCUACGCAUAGUUUCGUGAGCCCGAAGUUGAAUAAGUGUUGGACUUUUCCUAGAAAGUUCAAACCAAAGUUAAAAGCAAAUGAGACUGCCGGGACUGAACAGGUAAAGUCUAUUGGUGUGUUCGAGGAUGUGCCAGUCCUGCAGGAAGGAGCGGAGCUUCCAUAG